GUGCGCUGUUCUGACGUUAGGCGUGGUAGCGCAGCCGACAAGGAAACGCUUGUCAGGAUUCGGUGAGUGUAAAAUCGUUACAUCUGGUCUUGCAGGCGCAUUUAGCAUUUCAAACUUUCAGUCCUACUGAUAACAAUGUCACCACUGUAUAAGGCUAAAAGUGUAAUGCACAAUUUCUACAUCCAGAUAAACCUCAGACAACACUGCACGAGCUAAUGACACAACACAUGAAAUUCAACGCAUAAACCCGAACACAAUCAUUGCCUAGAUGAGUUUGUCGCCUUUGGUUUUUUCACCUCCCCGGACAUUUUCUGGUCUGCCACAAUGUCUUCUGGAGAGCAAAAUAAACAAUAAGUAAAGGCCGCGGGCAUGACACGCGAUAACUGUCACAAAAUAUGAAGCUGUUAAUAAUAGUUGCGGUCCUGAAAGGCGUUAUCUUCUGUUCGGCACAACUCUUCCAGGAUGAAGACCGUCGAGAUUCAGGAAUGCCCCAGGAGAAGCUAUUUUCACAUGCCGAAGGUAUUAAACUAGGUAAAGAGACCGUAAGCAAUCGCAAAUUUUUAGAGAGAAAAGUUCUUCCUGUUGAAAACUGGCAUCCACCAAACAGAGAUGUUGAUGAGCUUUACUUCAAUAAUAAGGCGCUACAAUAUCUAAAUCAUGGAUUAUUAAAAAUAAAUGGCUUCACAGACACGGACGUAAUCAUGAUGAAUAGAUGGAAUGGAGUAGAGCGAGCCGAAAGUUUAUGGGAAGCAGAUAUGAUCCUCUUGGCGAAACAGAAGGCGAUGUACACGAAACGGGGCACGGUUUAUGGAAAUUCAGCACGGCUGAUGCCCAAUUUCUCAGAGCCAUGGCCUGGUGGAGAAGUGCCGUUUUUCUUUGAAAACGAAGGGCCCCUCGAGCUUUUCGGCGACCUGCAAACAGCAAUGGAGAUUUGGGAGCAAUCCAUUGGGUGCAUUAAGUUCAAACUGGCCGAGGACAUGGCAAACUUCUCCCAACCGCAGUCACACCGUCGAAGUAUUCCAACUCCAGGAGCCGACGGGGAGACCCAGGACGACGAGAGCGCCGAACUCGCCUCGAAGGAACACCGCUCUACCCCACUACCCGGCGGGGCCGGCAGCAGCGUGUCGCCCCCGGCCAGCACCCUGUGGGAGGCGGCUCAUCUUCUGCGCGUAACGGUCGGCGAAGGCUGCUACGCCACGGUCGGCUGGCGACCCUGGAGCCGGCUGGUCAUUUCGGAGCGCUGCUCGCUCGGCGUGCUCGUCCACCUGCUUGGCCACGUGCUCGGCCUGCCACACGAGCACUCGCGACCUGAUCGCGUCUUCAGGCUGCACGUGCGCCACGAGAACGUGCGCACGCGCGACUUCCUCUUCCUGAAUACGGAAAGCGGCGGCGCACACUGCACCAAUGACUCGGCCGGCGGCUGGUACGACCCGCUGUCAGUUAUGCACCUCGACCCGUACGGGCUCACGACCAACAACCUGUCAACAAUGACGGACCGCCACUUCCCGGCCACGUCCCGCCUCGGCGUCAACUGGCUGCGACCCAGCUACAACGACGUGCUCCGCCUGCAGCAGGCUGGCGCCUACGCCUGCCCCCCGGCAGACGUUGAGGGCUGCAACACGUCCGCGACCUGUGUGGGCCACGUCUUGCCCGACUGCACGUGCGCCCAGCCGGUCGAGUGCGCCGGGCGCGCGUCGCGGCUGGGCGGCUGCAGCGCC